CCCUUUACUACGAAAGACUGCUGCGAUCUCCCCGGCCUCGCCGACUCGUCAAUUACUAUGUUCUGAACACACAAGAUGAUCUACAGGCUGUAUGCUGGGCUAUUCUUCUUGCUCUGUGUUGAUAUAUGACGGACAGGGAGUUGGCUUAUUUGGAGUGCAUCCACUUGUUUGUGUAGAUACUGGAUCACUUUUUUAGUAAUGUCUGCGAGUUAGAUUUGGUUUUUAACUUUCACAAGGUAUAUCUAAUCUUAGAUGAAUUCGUUCUCGGUUGGGAGCUCCAAGAAACAAGUAAGAAGGCUAUCAUAGAGAGUUUGAAUGAAUUGGAGAAGUUGGAGUAAAGAUUGAUGAUCCAUGAUGGCCAACCUUCAUCCAUAUUCCAAACGUGACCUGAGGUUCGUGAAUCAGCAGGGUUGGCAUUCAGCACUCUCUACAUGACUGCUGGAAUGCAAGCAAUUGAUGAGAUUGUUCCUACACUUCUGCAUGCUCUGGAGGAAGAUCAAACCUCUGAUACUGCUCUGGAUGGUUUAAAACAGAUUUCUUGGUUGAAAACCAUUUGCAAAUGUGUAUUUUCUUACAUUUCUGCCUGCCUCAUAUCCUUCCCAAGCUUGUCUACCUUCCCCUUUCCGCCUUCAAUGCACAUGCUUUGGGAGCUUUAGCAGAGGUUGCUGGACCUGGUCUUGAUGGCCCCCUUGGUACCAUCCUUCCUGCUUUACUCACUGCAAUGGGCUAUACUGAUAUGGUUCAAAGUCUCACCAAGAAAGCAGCAGAAACUGUUGUCACUGUAAUUGAUGAGGAAGGUAUCGAGUCUUUACUGUCGGAGCUUCUCAAAGGAGUUGGAGAUAUUCAGGCUUCAAUCAGACAAAGUUCUGCGUACUUAAUUGGAUAUUUAUUCAAAACCAGUGAUCUAUAUCUUGUUGAUGGGGCUCCAAAUGUGAUAUCCACCCUGAUUAUUUUACUAAGUGAUUCAGAUUCAGCUACCGUGACGGGAGGACCAGUUCUAAAUUUCUAAUACCUGGUUUUUGCCUCCGGAAAGCUCUUCAACCUGUGCGUGCUUCCUAUUUCCCUCCAGGUAUUCCUGCUUUGUUGUCCGACUGAUUGCACUCUGGAGUGGUAUCUUCUUCUUUCUCUUAUUCUCACCAUUGGUUGAAUUCUUCAAAUCUACUAAAGCCUUUAAUGUAAUGGAACUUGAUUU